AUGAACCACUCCUGUGUCUCCCAGACCAGUGACACCACCAAUGUGACAGCAGAUCCACUGGGGGGCCAUGAGAUAUGGGAGGUGGUGGUGAUCGUACUCAUCACAGGGCCUCUCUCGCUGGUCACUAUCAUAGGUAACCUGCUGGUGGUGAUCUCCUUCCGGGUUAACAGGCAGCUGCGCACCUUCAGCAAUUACUUUCUGCUGAGCCUGGCGGUGGCGGACCUGAUCCUGGGGGCAGUCUCCAUGAACCUCUAUGCUGUUUAUAUUAUCAUGGGACGCUGGACUCUGGGCAGCCUGGCCUGUGACGUCUGGCUGGCUGUGGAUUAUGUGGCCAGCAAUGCCUCCGUCAUGAACCUGCUGGUCAUCAGCUUCGACCGCUUCUACUCCAUCACCAGACCUCUCACCUACCGGGCCAAGCGCACCACACGCCGGGCAGCCGCAGCCAUCGGCCUGGCCUGGGCCGUGUCCUUCAUCCUGUGGGGGCCAGCCAUCCUGUUCUGGCCCCAUGUAGUGGGCAGGGCCUCACAGGGCGCGGGUGAAUGCUCUAUCCCGUUCCUGACCGAGCCUGCUCUCACAUUCGGCACGGCCAUCGCUGCCUUCUACCUUCCUGUCACCAUCAUGGGAAUCCUGUACUGGAAGAUCUACUGGGAGAUCGAGAAGCGAGCCCAGGGUCUGGAGGGGCUAAUGGGGUCUGGGAGCAGUGGAGGGGCCUCCCAGGUGUCUGGGCGAAGGGAUGUCUACUCCAGCAGCACCAAGAGCAGUGUGAGCAGCUCCAGAGAGGUGCCUGUGGGCAGGGAGCAGAGCAGUGAGGUGUCCCAGGGCUGCUUCCCUGUGAGAGAGGAGCCUAAACAGAGCAGUGGGAGGAGAAUAGCAACACUGUCAUUGUCUCCCACCAAGGGGGCCUACAGGGAGGGCUGCAGAGACAGCACCUGUAACGUAGAUGAGGAAGAGCCUACCGUCUCCCUUUCCUCCUCAGAGGAAGAACCAGAGCAGACGCAGCAGGGGGUGAGCGCUAAGACAAGCCCUAAAGCCAUGAUCCCACUCAGAGACGCCCAGGGCAGAGACACCGUAGGGGCCACCAAACCCCUGACAUCCAGGGCAGAGGACAGUACAGCAGGUCCACAGGGCAGGCAGCCCCCCCUAAGGGGCUCCACAUCAGACUCCAGACGCCACAAGCAGCCCAAAGCCAAGAGGAGGAGGAACACAAUUGUCAGGGAGAAGAAGGCAGCCAGGACCCUGUGUGCCAUCCUGCUGGCUUUCAUCCUGACCUGGACGCCGUACAACAUCAUGGUGCUGGUGUCCGUCUCCUACUGCGUGCCCGAGAAGCUGUGGCAGCUGGGCUACUGGCUCUGCUACAUCAACAGCACCGUCAACCCAGUCUGCUACGCCCUCUGCAACGAGCACUUCAGAGUCACCUUUAAGACGCUGCUGCUCUGCAGGCCGGGACAGAGGAACUGGGGAAUGGCUUAUAAUGCCAACCAUGCCUCCUUCAGGACACACAAGACCAGCAGUACUGUCUGA